AUGAAUCAAACUGUGUCACUAGCGCAUAUUUUGGUGAAAAUUGUACUCCUUGUUUCGCUUGUGCAUGGUGAACUGUUAUUCAACAAUCAGAAGAGUGACCAAGGUCGUACAAAUCCAGUUGGCCUAAUCGCAUCAAACUGGACCGAAUGUUGGCAAAACAAAUCCGAUUGCUUUUGUGACGCUCAGUGUCAUUCAAACGGAGACUGCUGUACACCGGCUAAGGAACGUCUGACCCACCUUCCGGAACCGUUCCCAUAUUCGUGUGUACAUACUUCCCGUACAUUUGCGGAUGAUGAUGAUCUGGAAAAAUACGGUCAUUGGUUCCAGGCGAUCGCGACCUGUCCCCAAACUAGUUCUUCCGAACUGAUGGAAAGAUGUGAGCGCUCGGUGACUCGUAAAAUGUCAUUUCUCGAUGUCCCUCGUCGGGUCUAUUCACAGCGCAAAGAAGAAGAAAACCAGCUGAUUGCAAUUCAACUAACCUCGUCCAGUUUUCGAAUUCGUAAAGCCGAUGUGCGAUCCAUGUCUCCAGUUGUGGCUCGUCUCACGGGUCGAGUUUAUGCGAAUGUAGAUUGUGCUUAUUGUCAUGGGGAGGUUCUUAUUUCACCAAACGCAACUAUGGGUGAAAUAGUGACUUCCGCGCAGACUAUUAAUGCUUUUCCCGUACAAAUCCGUUGUCGCACAUACAGUUUCGGUGAUCGCUUGUGCUACGCAACUACCUAUCUUCCGCGUGCAUUUCAACGACCUUGUGAGAAUGUUUCGAUAUCGAACUACGAGGAAGAUAAAACACAGCCAAUUUUCAGUUUGACCACUUUUAAGUGGCAUGAGUUUCUUGUGCUCCCCGAUCUCACACUGAGUGCAGAGGACAAACACACUGAUUCCGAUCGUCCGGUCUCCAGUUUGGAUCCACGAACAGAGUUGGCUAUGGACAUAUCUCAGCUGGUGUUGUGCAUCAUGUCUGCCCUGUCACUUCUAUUACUGGUCAUCAUUUACAUUGUUACGGCCGAACUUCGCACACAUGCAUCUGGUCAGUUGACUAUCGGAUUGUCCAUGGCAUUGUUCGGACUGUUAAGCACAUUUCUAUUCACUCUUGUCCUGCCUCAUCUGCUCUGGACCGGUCCCGCCACAGAUCAAACCAAUCACCUGAUCUGUAUGACAUUUGCGGUUCUCAUGCAUUAUUUCUUUUUGGCCAGUUUCCUUUGGAUGGCUGCAUUUGGGGUGACACUGUUGUACACGUUCGGUGGCGUACGCAUCACUUUGAAUCUGAUUGCCGGUUGUUUCAAAUCGUGUCUUCGAAAAAAUGACAGCACUCAGAUGAACAUUUUCAAAGAGACCAUUUUGCAACAUCCCAGCACACAACGAUCAACGGGUUACCGAAGUUUUCUCCGUCGUGCGAUUAUACCCACAUGUUUACCGCUGAUUAUCGUCAUUCCGGCCGCCAUCAUUAAUGAACAGUAUUUUAUGGACGAGUGCGCUCAACCGGGUUUGGCAACCGCACGUUCGAGUAGUGAUGAUCCGUGCACGGCCGGUCUUCGCUUUCUUCAUCCUGGAUUCUGUCCGCUGAACGAUCCAACCCGUGUCUGGUUCACCAAUCGAAUCGGUGCACUGACCUGGUUCCUGAUCCCCACCGUCGUACUACUCGGUUUCAGUAGCCUGAUCAGUGCGAUUAUAGGUGUGCAAAUUUGGCAAAUGAGCAAAAUGCCACAGUUUCAAGAACCGAAAUUGACCGAGAAAAAUGCCGAUGGAUCAGCGCUGGUGAAUAGUCGACGGAAAAAGCUAAUCACGUUCACCCGUAUCUGUGCUCAUUUGUCAACCAUACUUGGUGCGGUCUGGUUAGUGCAGUUGAUGGCUAAUGUGAUUCCCGGAGUGCCGCUACUCUACUACUUCACUGGGCUGCUUAGUACCGGACAAGGUCUACUGGUUGCAUUGCUCUCUUUCACGAAUCCGAAAGCCAGACGAAAACUGCGCCAGUUGACCAGUUAUUUGUCCACCGAGAGUAGUUCAUUUCGUGGCACUCGGAGUACACGAUCGCGGCCCAAUGUCACCUCGAUCUAG